AUGCCUUGCACUAAGCUGCUGUCCUUCCUGAAGAGUCUGUCCCGGGUGAAGCCAUUGGAGCCGGAUGGCGAGAGCUCGGAUUUCUGCCGCUGUUUGACCACGCUGGACCUGGUGGCACUGGGUGUGGGCAGCACGUUGGGCGCCGGCGUUUACGUGCUCUCUGGUGAGGUGGCGCGCACCGUAUCCGGCCCCAGCAUCAUCAUCUCCUUCUUUAUCGCCGCAGUAGCAUCUGUGUUCGCUGCGUUGUGUUACGCCGAGUUUGGUGCCCGUGUGCCCAAAACAGGUUCUGCAUAUCUGUACAGCUACGUGACUGUGGGUGAAGUGUGGGCCUUCAUUACAGGAUGGAACCUGCUGCUGUCCUACAUAAUAGGUACGUCAAGCGUUGCUCGGGCCUGGAGCGGAACGUUUGAUGACCUCAUUGGGAAAGUCAUCAGUUCUUAUUUGAGUAAAAAUGUAGCCAUGGACUUACCUGGACUCGCUCCUUACCCAGACUUCUUCGCAGCUGCACUUAUUAUGCUUCUGGCAGGUAUUCUUGCUUUUGGAGCGAAGGAGUCUGCGAUUGUCAACAAGCUCUUCACUGCUAUAAAUGUGCUUGUGCUGCUGUUCGUCAUCAUCUCUGGAUUUAUUAAAGGUGACCUUAAAAACUGGAAGCUGACUGAGGAGGAUAUCAUGAAUGCCACAGCAUCGAUCAACUCAAACAGCACUUUUGAUCCAUCAACAUAUGGGACGGGAGGAUUUUUCCCUUUCGGAUUUGAAGGAACGUUGGCUGGAGCUGCGACCUGCUUCUAUGCGUUUGUAGGAUUCGAUUGUAUCGCCACUACAGGUGAGGAGGUCAUGAACCCUCAGAAGUCGAUCCCCGUGGGCAUCGUGGCAUCACUCCUGAUCUGUUUUUUGGCUUACUUUGGUGUUUCGGCCGCUCUCACACUCAUGAUGCCCUACUUCCAGCUGAGCAUCCAGAGCCCUCUCCCUGUGGCCUUCACAUACGUAGGCUGGGAACCAGCGAAGUACGUUGUGGCUGUCGGGUCUCUGUGUGCACUCUCUACGAGUUUGUUGGGUUCGAUGUUCCCGAUGCCACGUGUCCUUUUUGCCAUGGCCCGAGAUGGACUUAUGUUCAAAGCCCUGAGUCAAAUGAGCUCCAGGCAGAGUCCUGUCAUUGCCACACUGUCCUCAGGAACAGUGGCAGCCAUCAUGGCGCUUAUGUUUGACCUGAAAGCUCUGGUGGACAUGAUGUCCAUCGGUACACUGUUUGCCUACACACUGGUGGCCAUCUGCAUCCUCAUCCUCAGAUACCGAGGAGAUACAGACACGUUUAAUGAGAAGGAGAAGUGGAGUUUAAUACGACCGCCAUCUUCACCUACAGCCACCAGCUUGAAAGUUGUGUCCAUACUGACCAUGAUCAACAUCGUGUUGACAACGGCUCUGAGUGUGAUUCUGACGCAGGGGGUGGAGUCAGGCCUAGUGGGGACGUGGUGGAUGAUUCUGAUCAUCUGCAUUCUCGUGCUGUUUUUACUCACUGCGCUUGUCAUCAUCUGGAGACAACCACAGUGCAGCACCAAAGCCACCUUCAUGGUUCCUUUCGUGCCGGUGCUCCCCACCCUCAGCACUUUUGCCAACAUGUAUCUGAUGGUUCAGCUGGGACGAGAUACAUGGAUCCGUUACGCAGUGUGGAUGGCAGUAGGACUGCUGAUCUAUUUCUGCUAUGGAGUUUGGCACAGCCUCCAGAGAGAACAAGACGAACCCUCAUAUCACAGCGAGCCGCGACCCGUCUGCACCCAAAUAGAUGAAGUGAAGAAAGACAACGUUUCUCCACAACAAACCAAGCUAUAA